GCUUAAGUGUGUUUUAUAGUUGUCUUUGAAAAGUGAGGAAUCGACUCUUAAAACGUCCAAGUUUGAACUAACCUUGCAUACGUAACACUCACUUUUUCGUCAAGGAAAACUUGGGAAUAUAGAAAUAGCUAUUCAAAUUAAAGUGGCUUCUCUUUUAAUAGAAAAAGGACUUUAUGAAGAAAAAGUCUUGUAAUAUUCAUCACUAGCAAUGAGGCGACAAACUAUCCUUUCACCACUUCAAGCAUUACAAAUGAGUGCAUUCAUGAGGAAGAAUUCUGGGCUUUUUUCAAUUAAAGGUGGCUUAAAUCCACUUUUUUUAGGAAAUUGGCAAGUAGCGCGGAAGCAUAUUUCAUCUAGAAGCUUUUCAGGCGUGUUGCUAAAGAAUGGGAUGAGCUCUACGAAAACUCGGCCAUUUGCUUUCUUUUCAAGGGUAUCUCAUAUUCACAAUCAAUCUACAAUAACUCCAAUUCAAUUUAUUCGAAAAAAUUCUACAAAGCCCGCCGCUGAUCAGUAUACCCUGCAGGAGCAAUGUGAUGAAUCAGGAAAACCAUAUGUAUUACACAUGAGCGAUUCGGCUAAGCAACAACUGGAAAAAGUAGCAAGUAAGAGACAAAAAGAUGUUGCUUUACGCGUGAUUGUCGAUGGUGGUGGAUGCCAUGGAUAUCAAAUUUCCUUCGACAUGGAUGAUAAAGUAGGAAAAGAUGACAGUGUGUUUGUUCGGGGAACAGCUAGAAUCGUCGCGGACAGUAUCUCAUUACCAUUAAUUAGCGGUUCUGAAAUCGUUUAUACAAAAGAAUUAAUUGGCUCUUCGUUUCAAUUGAUUAAUAACCCUCAUGCAAAGUCAUCGUGUGGUUGUAAUGUGAGUUUCGAUUUGGGUUAACCAUUGACUUGAGUGAUAAUCAAAAUUCAAUGAAUUUAACCAAAGUCCGUUUACCUUUUCAAUGAUUUAUCAUUUCUCUCCUUAUGCAUUUUUGACUAUGAAUAAAAUCUAGUAAUAUAUUGAAACCAGUACGAAAAGCAAG